CAGUGUCUAGUUUGGCAACACGGAUACGCAUGGAGCCUCCAUCACCCCCUGUCUCUUUUACGCACCGAGUCCGAUAAUGCGCGCAGGUACAGUGGCCCUAACCGCCGACACAUUGAGCAAUUAAUCUCCUCCUAUGGACUAAUAUGAAAGAAGUGGAUGCAGGAGUCUGACACAGCCAAGGCAGGAGGCAUAUUUCUUGUGCAUCGUUCUUGUUUUCCACCAUCGAGCGUCAGCAUGGAUGUCUUAGCGAACCACAGUAUCUUUCAGGAACUCCAGCUGGUGCACGACACCGGCUACUUCUCCGCCAUGCCAUCGCUGGAGGAAAACUGGCAGCAGACCUGCUUAGAACUGGAGCGCUAUUUGCAGACGGAGCCCAAGCGUCUGUCGGAGCUCUUCGACCAAGACCUGGACGGCCUCCUGACUCCGGCCUACUUGAAGGAGGACGGCGAGGAGGAGCUGGCGGACACCCUGCUGCCCAGCCUGCUGCUCAGCCUGCCCGUCCUGCCGGAGCCCUCGAGCCCGCCUCCAGUCGUCCUCUGCCCGACGCGGAAGCACUUCCCCUCCGCCGGUGCAAUGAAAAGAGACCUCAAACUCAAGGGCCAGGCCCUGGAAAACGCAGAAGGCAUGGAAGGGGCCCACCAGGCCCGGCUGAGCGCCGUCACCUCCCUGACGCCCCCGUCGUCGCCAGAGCUGGGCCGCCACCUGGUCAAAUCCAACCAGACGCUGACGGCCUCGCCGGACGGCACGCUCACCCUGAAGCUGGUGGCCAGGAAGGUGGGGCUGGGCGCGGCGCGGCUGGUGGCGGCGCACGCACUCCCCGUCCGGAUGAACGACGAGGAGGAGGGGGCGGCGUGCGUGGGCGGGGCGGGGGAGCUGCCGGAGAACAAGAAGAGGAUCCACCGUUGUCAGUUCAACGGCUGCAGGAAGGUGUACACCAAGAGCUCCCACCUGAAGGCCCACCAGAGGACGCACACAGGUGAGAAGCCGUACAAGUGCUCGUGGGAGGGCUGCGAGUGGCGAUUCGCCCGGAGCGACGAGCUGACGAGGCACUACCGCAAACACACCGGCGCCAAGCCUUUCAAGUGCAACCACUGUGACAGGUGUUUCUCGCGGUCGGAUCACUUGGCGCUACACAUGAAGAGGCACAUCUGAGCGAGGUGGGCGCGGGAGAAGGGGAUUGAGGCGGAGUGGAGGAAUGAGAGGGAGCAUCACCUGCAGAGAAAUAACACCACCGGAGAGAGAGAGAGAGAGAGAGAGAGAGACAGCCGCCCUCGGUCCAGACGCUUCCAAAUUGUUUGGCCCUGUCCAUGCGGAUCAGUUGUACAGUCCCCCCCCCCGACCCCCCGCUGGGCGCUGACCACCAGAACUGGUACUUGUAUGUUUCCUCUUCUCAGAAUGCACCUUGAGCUGAGAAGAGCCGUCGGAUUGCGACGGGGCGGCUAAACGGCGUCGCCUGGCAGGGCGAAGCGAGCAAGGACGCGGAUUUUCUCUCCCUCGAACCUGCCACGGCCUUUACAAAUCGCCGAAGGGUUCAUCAUUUUAUCUAUGAGACGGAUAAUAAUUUGUAAUGAUCAUUUUUCAUCCAACCUUUGUCGCGUCUGCCAACUGGAUCCAUUUGUAGACCCUUUUUUGGUCCGAUGGCGUCGCGGCGCCAGUUCGAACGGAGCGUUAGAUUGGAUCUCACAAAGACUGAAGGACGGGAGCGUGUCCCACUGGGACAGUGAUCGGGGCUGUGAAGACAAAUCGAGGUCGUCCAGAGGACCGGCCUGCUUUAUGAACAUCAUCCAUUGAGGGUUUCCUCGGAAUGAUGCUGACUAAUGUACUCUGGGAAACGCCGUUCAUUCCCGAGAAUGUCAUCUGACUCCGAGCGUCUCCAGAGACGCCGGAUGGCCCCGAGGAGCGUUUACCCUCCCGAAGCAUUUUGGCUCCUACCAGUUGCCAUCGGGAGCUGUUUGCACAAUUGACUCUUUCCAAAACUUUUUGUAAAAAAUGCCUCCACGUCUCGGACCGGGAGACAAUUCGGGACUCGCCGGACGCUGGCUGGCAGAUGCACAAGUAGAAAGCAGACAGGCGACUGCGAUAGCACACCGAUCGCAAACCAGAUCGUAUGUAUGAUAAUGGGUACAUUAGACAAUUCAAAGCGCCGCUUUGAAGAACGCGUUGGAGGCGGAUGCAGCCAUGAAAGAAGUGUCUGCCGUUGAUGCCUGGAACGAUCUCUUUGGCACCCAAUUAGCCACCAGGCUGAGGUCUCUGUUUCUUGGGGUCCCGUUCGCACCAACCCGUGCAAAACUCUUCCAAUUUAGCAGCCCUCAGACUUCAUUUCAGGAGAAAAGACGGCCUUCGGCCCCUCUAAUCGGACCCUAUGCAUAUCCAAGAGGGGAGGACUCGCAGGAAACACACAAUUCAAUCAAUUGGGUGGCUCUUCUCCAAGCAAAUCAAUGUGAAUGUAUUCGUUCUGGUCCGUACACGUUGCCCAUGAAAACACUGAAAAUCACACCGGACACAAUUUUCCUCGAUAUGGCAGAUCUUUUUCCCAUUAGGACCCGAAUAGCUUGACUCUGAACAAGCAGCUCGUCGCGGCCGGCAGCUUUUGUGGCGUUUCGCUGGUUGCGCCGGCCCGACGGGGAGGUCAUCGGGUAUGCGUUUCCAGUGGGUGGCUGAAGAGGGUAUGCGGAGGAACAGCCUGCUCAUUCAGCAAAUGAUAACUGCCCCAUCAGCUCAUGAAACUGCAGAGGAGUGAAACCCACACGAGAGACGUGCGCACGCACACACACACACACAGACGGACACACACACACACACACACACAGACGGACACACACUCCCAGAAAAAGUGGAAUCAACAUUCGUCCUCGGCGGCCCCUGGCUCUCGUCCAGCGGCACAGAGACGCGUCAAAGUGGAGGUGUUUAUUCUUUUGUUUGACGAGACUCUGGUGAGGCACACGGCUCUUUCGGUGGGGAAAGCAGUGAUUUGAUUUCCCUCUGAAUACCAGAGGCGCAUUUCAAUUUUGGGUACGAAUGCAUUCCAGCCCGAUCACACCUGGACUCGAUCUGUCAGCGUGGAAACUCAAUAUUGAACUCCUUCUCUUCGUCUAACGGUGCAAAGAAGCCCGGCCUGAACAUCGAGGGGUACAGGCCCUUCCACUUGCAGAGACACCAAAAAAAAAAAAAAAAACUCACCGUUCAUCUGGAUCGCAGCUACAACAACACACAGCGGCGCCGCCGUCCGCUGCGUUGGUCGAGGGGGCGGUAAAAAAA